UCUAAGCAACAGGUAGUCGCUGAACACAGGCCUGCAAAGCUCUGAAAAACAACACAUACUUCCACUUAAGUAUAUACUUAUUGCAGUCAUGGAAGAGACUGCAGUGGCUAAAAACAGAGAGGUUCCACUCUGUGCUCGGUCUUCAUACAGCUUUAUUCCAGCUCUGAGAAAUGAUCCAAAGGAGCUUACUUAUUUUAACAAUGAAAAAAAGGAUAAACAUACUUCAGUGUUUGACUCUGUAUUCAGAAGAAAAGAAGGUUAUAAUGAAAAGCUUCACCGUGAUGACAGAGAACAUGCCAACAAUCGUGGGCUUGACAUUUACAGUGAGGAAAUUUCAAAACCAGUACCAGCUUUGUCAUCUUCAGUAUAUGGAAGGCUCUUACAUCUUCAUGAAGACCCCAGUGACAGAUGCUUUGUUCGGGUUGGCCAUGUAAACUCAGAGUUUUAUCGUAAGAAUGGAAUAUGUCAUUCUGUUAAAGAAGGUUAUGGAUCUGUCACACCUGCAUAGACCACUGGAGUAUUUUAUAAGAGCACUAUCAAAGCUACUACUCUAGCAUACUUAAUCCAUUGUAUACAUUACUACAUAAAUGAAGCACUCUUAUAACUGGAUCAUUCAAAGAACAAAGUAUUAUGGGCUGUAAACUAAUAACUGCAUAUCUGAGUGGAUUCUCAGCAUAGCUUAUAACUACAUUCCCAGUUUGCAUGCACAGUGCAAAUGCAUAAAUUAUAAACUGAAGCUAUGUAUGUUAAGUGUGAACAGUAUUUUAGCAGUGUAGUUUCCAUUUUCCCCCUACUCUCCAUUGCUUUUCACUAUCACCUUUCAUAAAAGUGCAAUGGGAUGGCUUCUUGGUGUCUCCUGCAAACUUAGAUGACCUGUGCUUAUGUGUUUUGAAGAUGUAUACUCAACUUUCUGGAUGUUACUAUAAAAAUAAAUAAAAAUAAAAAAUCCACCGAAUAUGCCGCAA